AUGUCCAUAAAUUGGGUUAUGCUAAAGCGCUCUGGAGAGCUGGAGCCAUUGCCGAAUGAAGAAGUAUUACAUCAGACAAAGGGCCGCCUAUCACUCGAUAUCUCAGCUCCGUCGCCGUCGACCGGUAUUCCCCCGUUCUCAUUAAAAUGCGCCCACGGUGUGGCAUAUAUCACAAGCAAACGGCUUGUCUUCCUCCCAGUACAACCCACUGAGCAAUUCAAAUCAUUCUCAUCUUUGAUACUCAAGACUGAAAACUCCCGCGUAGUCGGGGCAUCCUGGGGCGGCUUCGGGGCUAACUACUGGGAUACUGAGGUCAGACCAGAGGCCGACGGCAACAUUCCGGCGGAUUACACUCGGGUCAACAUGAGGCUGACCUUCAACGAUGGCGGGCACAGUGACUGGGCUCUCAAGUAUGAAAACAUUCGCGGACGACUUCUGCAUGCUGCCACUGUAGCGAGAGAAACAGGUAAUGCACAAGUUCUGAACUCGGUAACGGCGGAGCAACUUCCGGAAUAUUCGCCACGUGAAGGAGGAUCGAGGCAGAGUCAAACGUUUGCCGACCAGACGCAAGUCGAACGUCAAGCGGACGAAGCGGCGGAGGCAAGAGAGCAAAACCGGGCUUUGCCCGACGAGCCUCCGCCGGACUAUGAUGAGGCACAGGCACAAGCAGUCGCGAUGCAAUUUGAUGAGCGACAACGAGAAGAUGCGGAAAGGGGACGUUAA